AUGAACCCCAAACCUUCAUUUCCUCCUCCCAGGCUCCGAGACCUCCGGGAUCUGAUCCCGUUCUACCUGUGCAAGACUGGGAAUUUCCUGGAUGCUGCCCACUCCCUGCUGUUCCCUGUGAACAGCCUGGCCUGCUGCUCUGCCUGCAGGAUCACCCCCUGCCAGUUCAAGGUCUACCUCAAGAUCUUCAGGACAGGCUGUGUUCCCUCUGGGAAUGACAUGCUGGAGACAGGGCCCUGGGUUACUGCUGGCUCUCCCCUGAGGAACACUGUGCUAAUUAAGCAGGCACUGAAACUGCUCUACAGCAGUGAGGCACUCUACAGGAAUGCCAAAUGUUGGAGUUCCUUCAUCAUGAUUUUGGGGAGCAGUGACUUGUUGGAAAAGAGGGGGCACCUGCUCCCCUUACCCCUGGAGGAGCCCCCCCUUAGCUUCCAAGAGAAUGUGCUGGCAGCCAGUGGCAACUUCCUGGAGGAUCUCAAGUCUGGAGUUAAUGUCUCUUUACCAUCUGCUACUUUCUCUGGUCAGCUGCACCACGAGGCUUCUCUCAUCCUGGCAGUGCAGGCAGUGCAGCAGAUGCUUUGUUGUGACCUUCCCCACUUGACUUCCUUCCUAGAGAUAGUCCUGGCUUUUGGGAAAAACUUCUGGGCUCUGAGGCUGUUGCUGGACCAGCUGUGCUGUGAGGAGCACAUCCUGUGUGGCACUGCCAACCUGCUCCUGAGGGACCUGAGCCGGGAGGAGGGGACCAUGCUGAGAGUGUGGCAGAACCUCGGCCCCCAGUACGUGGGGGAGUUCCUGUGCCUGUUCCUAACCUGCAGACACAAGAGGAUGCAAUCUGUGGGGCUCUUCAGCCUCAACGUGGUCAUUGAGAACCUGCACCUGUGA